AUGAAGGGUGAGCAUGAUCUAGAUCUUUUCCCUGAAGAAGAAGUUUUUACUCCAGUAGAUCCUAGCAAAAUGGAGGUAAAAACUAGAUUUGCAAAUAAGGAAGCAUUUAAGAAACAUCUCAGGGGUUAUUGUGUUCUUAAUAAGUGUCAAUAUAUUUUGGAUAGAAGUGCUCCCUCUAGAAUUAAGGCUGAGUGUAGGUUUAAAACAGAACAUGAUUGUCCUUGGUUUGUGUAUGCUAGCAAGAAAGAGGGUGAGAACACUUUUGUUCUUAGGAAAGUGAAUUUGGAACAUAAGUGUGAAGGGGAUCCCCAAAAUAGGAAUAGAUCUGCUGAUCCUCAUUUUGUAAAGGAUUUUGUUCUUGAUCAGAUGAAGAAUAAGCCUAAAAAAGUUGUUCCAGACCCUUAUAAAAUCAAGGAAGACUUCUUAACUGAAAAGAGAGUAAAUAUACCAUAUCAGUGUGCAUGGAAGGCUAGGAAUCUAGUUUUAGAGUCAUUAUAUGGGAACUAUAAAGAAAGUUACAAUGAAGUACCAGCAUUCUGCAAGAUGUUUACUAAAUGCAAUGAUGGGUCUGUUGCUAAGUUCACUUUUGACACAGUGAAUAACACCUUUGAAAGCAUGACACUCUCAUUUGAACCUGCAAUGAGGGGUUGGCGAAAAGCAUGCAGGGGAGUUGUAGGGCUUGAUGCCUGCCAUCUAACAGGGGAAUAUGGGGGAGUAUUGAUGGCUGCAACUGCACUUGAUGGACAGAAUGGGUUAGUAAUGUUAGGAAUUAUGGUAUGCAGAGCUGAAACAAAGGAAAAUUGGAUCAUUUUUUUGAAGCAUUUGAAGGAUGCAAUAUUAGCACAUCCAGUGAAAGUGGCUUUCAUUUCAGAUAGGCAAAAAGGUUUAUUGGAAGCUGUUGGUAUAGUGUUCCCUGGCCAUCACCACAGAUACUGUUGGAGACAUUUAUACAAAAAUUUCAAGAAGGAUUACAAGGGUCUUGAAUUAUACAGUUCUUUAUGGAAUGCAGCAAAAGCAUACAAAGAAAAGCAUUUUCAGGUUUGA